CACGUACAUAAGCGAUAUGCCAUCAUUGCAACAUUCACACGACUUGCGUUACAAACGUUAUGAGCGUAUGCAUGCAAGGACGGGUAGAAUAUCCACUUCAGUUCCGUCCUUUAACUCUGCGGUAUCAGUAGUACCUUCCGCUGAAAUUAUUUUGAUCAAUAAGAAUUUGAAUAAUCUUAGGACCCAAAGUAAACCAUGCAUAACGAAUAGAACUACAGCAGCUAUUGUUGUCGAAGAUAUGUGCGGCAUUGAAUCGGAAAACACCACCGUUGUUUUAGAGACCAAUUUAAGUAAUUCUUUAGUACGUAAUGAUGCAUUGAAUGAGUCCCUGUCAAAUUGGGAGUCGAAGAGCCAAGCUGAUGAAAAUAAAGCAAUUGGCUUUAAACCGAAAUACGCUUAUAGAGAACGCAACAAUAAUGUGCAAAACAGUCAACCUAGGGAAACUCCAAAUAGUUUCGACAAUAAUUGUAGUGACGGUAAGAAACGAUUGAGCUUUAAAUCUGAAAAUUUCUUAAGGCAUAUUGACACCGAAGAGAGCUACUCAGAAAGAAAUGGCAUCAAUAUUGUUCAAAGUACUAUCAUCGAGGAUUCCGAUUUUCGGAAUGCAACGCAAUUCAUGACAACGGACUUAGUCGAACAUUCAAUAAAUAGUAGUAGUAUCGAUCAAUUUCUUUUACCAUCGGGAGGCGAUUCAGAUUGCAGUAAUCUGGCAAAGCACCUUGCAGUUGCUGUUAGAGGUUGUGAUGAUAACAGACAUGAAGGAAAUGCUAACAACUUCAGUGCUGCCGAAAUCCAUAACGCUAAUGACUUCGAAGGAAGUGGGAAUGAAAACGUCAAUGGUGAUAUACUCAUAAGUAGUUGUAACUCGGAGAUAGCUGAGCACAUUGAAAGAGACACUGUUGGGUGCUGUAUUCUUAACACAAAUGAGAAAAUACAAAAUUUGGUAGAAAAAGCUGUAAUAUCAUACGAUCAAGAAUUUCAGCUGGCACAUAAUUCAGAUGUGGACACUGAUUAUAGCCAAUCGAUGUCGAAAAACUCGGUAAAAUGUAAUCAAGGGAGUGAUUAUUCACCAAUUGCUGAGCGUAACGUGCAUGAGGUUGAUGACGAAACCAUUAUAUCUGCACAUAGUGUGCUAGAAUCUGCUGACCAACAAACAAUCGCGGAGAUAUCGAGUAGUAAUGGUAUUUGUGUUGAAUACAAACUGAUGCCAAAAUAUAUGGUAUAUAUGGAGUCAAAGCAGUCACUAAGUCCAAAUCAACAGCAGCAACAUCAAAAGCUGGCCUCGUCGCAACGUAUAAUUAAGACGAAUGCUGAAAAUGCUGGCCACGCUUUGUAUAAUGUUCUCAACAAUGGCAUUGAUGUAAAACAUGUGCAGAAAUUCGAAAGCAUAAGUGGCUUCGAUGAUUCGUUGAUACAUUAAAGGACGCAACGCGGGCAAUUACAUUCGCUACGAAACAACAAGUUAAGCGAUAAUGAAAACAGCAUGGGAACAGGUAUACCGAUUUGUGUGAGCAACAUAAAUAUGAGCGAUUAAGGGCCGAAUUCACAGUUAUUAGUUAAUCAUUGGCAUUUUCAUUGGGGUGGUUUUUUUACGUGGCGGGUCCCAAACCCAGCGCACAACCCUACGCAGGGAA